GGAGGAGGAGGAGGAAGGGAGUUUGCUCCAACUGCAUCGUCUCCCUUUGAAGGAAGUUGGAAAGGAGGAGAUCUCGGUGCCGGACUGGAUCCAGGAACAGAUCCAGGGGCAGAUACUGCGAGGUCGCACCUUGCUGGUGUGGACCUACUGAUGGAGAUAGAACUGGUUAAAGUGAAAGAAGAGACAGGGCCAAUAAUACCUUCCGUCUGCCCCUUUUGCCAGGAGGACUUGCCAACCCUUACUGGACCCAAGGGACAACUUCCACAAUGCCAAGGGUGCAAAAGCUUUGUUUUAGAGCCUCGGAGUUGGUUGCUUGGCACCCCAGAGGUCCUGGCCCUCCCCGCAGAGAGGCCCUACAGCUGCUCCUUCUGCCCCAAGCGCUUCAAGAGGGCCUCAGACCGGCGUGACCAUGAGCGCGUCCAUACAGGUGAAAGGCCGUAUGGAUGUGGCAUUUGUGGCAAACGUUUUACUCAGAGCUCAGUGCUUUCUGGCCACAUGCGCAUUCACACUGGCGAGCGGCCCUUCUGCUGUGGUGUUUGCUUCAAGUCUUUCAACAAUGGCUCUAACUUCCGGAAGCAUCAGCGCAUCCACGGCCAACUGUUUGGUUACAAUAAUAAGGGGGAUGAUGAGAAAGAUCGUGACCUCCUUCUUGGGAAGAAGCAGAGCCAGCUGGUGGAAGGACAAAAUGGCUGUCAGAUGGUCAAAGAAGUGAGGCAUAGUGAGAACAAGAGGAAACAAGACCCCAAGGGGAGGCAAGAUAGUCAUUGCAAUAACAGGAUAAGCCCAAAUAGCAGCUGUGGUAGUGGCUUAAGGCAACCUAAUGACAGUGUGGGCCAUUUCAAAGGAAUAGGACUAAAGCAAGAUGAUAGUAGCCAUCAAAUGAGGCAAAAUAACUAUGAAUGUAUUGGUUUUAAGAGUCUGAGUCAGACAGGAGAUGGCAAAAGGCAUGUUAGUUGCCUGGGAGAAAAUGGGAACUGUAGCCCUGGCUCAAGAGUGACUGAAAAUGGCCACAGCUUCCAACCACUGAGGGGCGUUAGUAGUGAAAAUCACACUAAAGUCAUGAGGCAAAAUAAAGCAGGUGGAAGCCACACUCAAGAAGAACAGAAGCAACCAGCCGAGAGCUACAAUGAUAAAUUACAGCUACAUGGCAGCAGUUGGGGAAAUGGACUUUUGUUAGUUGAUGGCGACAAACAGGGUCAAGAGAGCCAAAUCAGGGGCUAUUUAGUAAGGAGGCCAAAUGGAGGCUACCUCAAAGGACUGAAGCAUAGCAGUGGAGAGGGUAUUAGUGCAAACCUGAGGCAAAAUGGUACACAGGAGAGCCAUCUCAGUGGACCGAAUCCAAACAGGGAAGUCAGUAUCUUGGAGCUGAGGCAAAAUGGCAAUUGUGGAGAUGCUGCCAAUGGCCGAAAACCAAAAAAACCUGGUCAAUUUGGAGAGCUAACACAAGGUGGUGGCACCAACAAAGAGAAAUGGAUGGACUUCCAAGUAGGCAGCCCAGGGAAGAUUAAUGCUGACACACCAAAAGUGUCUUCCUGGACUUGCCCCACUGGGAGCAAUGUUUUGGCCUGGGAAGAACCAAAUAUUAGGAUAAUGAAAGAAAAGGAUGAAUUUGAGGAAUGUUCUGCCUUAGACAUACCUAUCACCACAUCUCCCUGGCAACCUGACAGCCCCGAACCAUAUUCCUUGCCAUGCAAUAUUUCUAUAUCCCCCAGUAACCAUUCACACCACCAGUUUAGAAGCACCUUUCAGCAUUGGGAAGAAGAUGGUUCAGCUCCUAGCUUUCCUUUUCAAGACCCUGAGACCUAUGAUCAGCACUCCAUGUCAGCAUUAGAUUCCAAACCCUGCAUGUGCUUUGCAUGCCCCAAGCAGUUUCGUCGGGCCACAGAUCUGAAAGAGCAUCUUCGGGUGCACACAGGCGAACGGCCUUUUGGUUGCAGUGUCUGUGGCAAGCGGUUCACUCAGAGCUCAGCCCUGGUUACUCACAGGCGACUGCACACUGGAGAGAAACCCUUUGAGUGUGCUGUUUGCUCCAGACGUUUCAAUAAUUCUUCUAAUUUUGCCAAGCAUCGCCGGCUUCAUGGGCAGGAGGGUACAAGACACAGUAAUAAAGCAAUAGUGAAAGAUCUAUGGAGCACCAAGCCACACUGAUAUUUUCAAAGGAACAAGGCUUCCAUUGGGAAAUGGAACAGUGCAGCUGGGGGUACUACUGUUACUACUGCUGACAAUAUCAGUAUCCUGACAAUAUUUCUCAUUUUUGAAAACAGUUAGUUGCUAACUCCUAUGGUGUGGUUUUGAUGUAAUGCCAAGCUAUGGUUUGGCAUUUCAUGAGCAAGCCAUAGGCUUGUGUGCUCCUUCCUGUAAUGCCAGUUGUGAAGGUUACUAUAAAGCAGAAUCAUGUGCUGAUAAGGCUC